AAUUCGUGCCAGACUGUCGUCGACUUGCAACCAGUAGAAACAUAUUAGGUAUUGGCUUUGAACAGUGGUGCUACUUGAGGCGAUAUCGAAUUACCUACUGAGUGCUGAUUUGUGUUGCAAGCGAGUCCACCAGUGUCUAAAUUUUAGUUAGAAAGUGAUAGUAAAGCCAAAGUUUGCUAUUUUAAUUGAAUCAACGACAAAAUGCAUCAACCUACUGUGAUUAUCGCUGGAGCACCAGCUGUCGGUCCGGAAUCCACAACCCUGAUCUGUCCAUCGUGCCGAGCGCAGGUGAGGACGCGAGUUGAACACAAUUCCACCACUAAAACGCACAUUAUUGCACUGUUGCUGUUUAUCUUCUGCUGCUGGCCGUGCAUCUGUGUGCCAUACUGUUGCAACUCGUGCAAGAAUGCCGAUCACUACUGUCCGAACUGCAAUGCCUUCAUCGGAAGCCAUCAGCACUGAGAGGGAAUUGUUUGCUUAAUUUGCUAAUCCUAUUUUCUAAUAAGUAUUUUUAGUAAAUAUAUUUGAUCGAAACCAAACCGCACAAACCAAGCUUUGAAAAAAUAGAGUCAGUCAGUUUUUGUGAUGUGAUUAAACGACCAAAUAAUAAUAA